AUGUCAGGACGGUCGAUCAGAUUCGUCGACACAACUCAGACUUCCUUUGGCAAGCGGAAGCAGGUGUCACGUGCUUGCGAUGGCUGUCACAGAAAGAAGAAGCGAUGCUCCCACGUGAUACAGGAAGACGGAAUACCCUCUGGCCACAGCGUGAGCCUCUCGCAACGACAUUUGGCCACCUCAGUACCACGUGAGGGUGAAGCACAUGGCACCAACGACAGACCGGACCAGACUGAUAUGGACUUCGACGAUGGGAAUGAUCAAGUUGCAGGCAUUCGUUCGAGUGAGACGAACAUCAUAAGUCGCGACAGCGAUGUUGCCUAUUUACCCAGAUCGCCAACCCGCGUUGCACGUUUCAUCGGCGACAUGAAUCCAGAAGGCGUGUUCCUUACAGCCACAGAGACCGAGACCAGUGCACACCCCGAUGGAUCCAACAGACGAAUCAUAGGAACUUGGUCGACGGAGCAGCACAGCCAACAAGGCCCGUCCGGAGAGCAACGUGCAACGCUCCCAGGUCGGCUUGGCCUGUUGCAUGGCUUCAAACCUGCAAUCCUGGCCGCGAUAGUGCCCAUACUCGAACAGGAAUGCAUCCAGACUAUACCACCACCCGUACACCGCGAGGCACUUGCCGCGUUGUAUUUCGACAAGUUCAACCCACUGCUUCCGCUCAUUAAAAAGUCUGCGUAUGAUGCUAUACCAGCUCAGUCUCCAUCCCGAUUGCUACUCGACCAAGGCAUCUGUCUAGUUGCCUCGAUGGAUCCAUCCUCCAGCAGCCACUUGUAUCUCUCCAGCGACGCGGUUGUAUCAAAUCGCAGAGACUUCGGGCACCGAAUGCUCUCUGCCUUGCGAAUGAGCAUCGAGAUGGGGAGAGUGGUAGACAAGAUGCUUCUUGUACAACUCCUUACUCUCAUGUCGCUUUUCCAGGAAGGACCCGACGGCGCCGAGAACUCGUUAUCGAUGUUGGGUCGUGCCGUGCAGCAUCUACACUCCCUGGGGCUUCAUCUUUGCAUGGAGAAAGAUGAUUCGUACUUUGAUCACGCGGAUACGCUGUUCUGUUGUGUGUGGUUUCUGGAUAGGUUGAGUGCCGCGUCGCAGUCAAGGAGGGUGCGCAGCCGGGCAACCCCACCAAAAAUAUAUCCGAGAAUGAUGCGGGGACCAAACCAUCGACCGGGCUCAGCUGCAUCGCCAUCCUGUCCCGGUACAGUGACACCACUGCAGCUCUCUUAUGGUUCCGACUGCUACUACUACACCAAUGUUCCGGGCGCAGACCCGUUCGAAAUGUUUGACCCCAACUUUGACUUGACUGCGAUUGAUUCCUUCUUCGAGGGCAAUCUCGACCUAUCAUUCCCCACGCAAUAG